GCAGUUCCGCGGUUUGGGUUUCGCGAUUUUGCUAAUGUUUUGCUUCGGUUUUUGGGAAACGGAGAAAACAUCUUCCAAAUUAUUGUGAUUUUUCGUCAUUUCCUGGGAUAAUCUCUAGCUCUGCAGCUACGGUCUACAAUGGCGCAUAGUUCCUUCCACGAAGAAGAUCGAUUCAACGACUUUUACAGCGAGGUGAAGGAAAUCGAGAAGCGCGACUCGGUGCUCACUUCCCAGCAGCAGAUCGAUCGGCUGCUACGUCCCGGUGCUACGUACUUCAAUUUGAAUCCGUUCGAGGUGCUGCAUCUAGAACCGGACACUCCCAUCGAACAAAUUAAGAAAAAGUACCGCACACUGUCCAUUCUGAUCCAUCCGGAUAAAAAUCCGGACAACCAGGAACGUGCCCAGCAGGCAUUCGAGGUGGUCAAUAAAGCUUGGAAGACGCUGGAAAAUGAAGCCACUCGGAAGCAGUGUCUGGAUGUUUACGAGGAAGCAAAAGGACGUACCGAUUUGAUGAUCACGGAAAAGCGGAAAAAGCUGCGCAAGGAAGGAAAGCAUGAGGCAAUUCCGGAGGAUGAUCCCAGCAAAUACAAGCACGCGGUGUACGUGAUGGUGAUGAAACUGUUUGCCGACAUGGAACGGCGCCGGCAGCAGUUGGAUCUGCGUGACCAGGAGGAACGAAAACGUAAGCGGGAGCAGGAGAUCGAAGAGGAAGAACAGCGCAACUUCCAAAAGGAGUGGCAGAAGAACUUUGAGGAAUCUCGCCAGAAUCGUGUCAACAGCUGGCAAAGUUUUCAGGCCUCCGCCUCCUCGUCGAGUAAACCGAAGAAGGCCAAAAAGACCAAGUACACCUCAUUUAACCCACCCAAGAUCAAGCCGGAAUCGCGAUAAACUCUGGCAAUUGCUCGCGCUUGAUGGCUUUUUCGUUCUUUUAUUUUCCGUUCAUUCCUAUGUCAGAAACAGAAAGUAUCAUACCAGUUUAAGGUAUGUACUAACACGAUUACUUCCGUUUACGGAUUUUCCCCCCAUUCUCUCAUUUAUCACUACGUAGAGGUCCCGAUACCAAUGCUGCUCAUCAUCCCUUCCCUGUAAAUGAAAAAGUGUCGCCAAGUGGGCAAUGCCGUUGAUCAGCAGUAUUGUUUCUCGAGCUGUCCUUGUAGUGACUGAUGGAAAUCAACGACAAGCAGAACUUUAUUUUUGUAACGCAACACAAUACAUAUGGUCAAACUAAUCUAGAGCUGAGAAGAAGGUCAUGCAUUUUUUCUAUUUCGCGCACUAACCAUCCGUUGCUGAUGUCGGAAUGGAGAAUGUAGAAAUUUCGCACACCACAGCAGCAGCAGCAUGGUGUGUAAGGAUGCAGAGGGUAAACCAUAAAGUUCGUGGCUGGCAAGCAGCAACGGUAAUACAACUUGGCAUAAGGGCCUUUCGCGUUUAAGAUAGUUUUUAAUGUAUAAGGUAACAAUGAUGAGAGAGAGAAAAAUGAUCACAGUUUAUAAUGUGUGAAACUGAAAUAGUAAUAAAUACGUACAUAAAA